CUUUUCAUAAAACGAAAGUGAAAAGCUCAACAAGAAUCUCCAGGCUGAGUUAGGAGCGGAGCUGUAGAAGAACCAGCUGUAGUGUGAAUUUCUAGACGGCAGGAAUAGAUAUAAUAUAGGAAUCAUGCCAUUAGAGGGUCCUUCACCACAGCCAGGUGACUUGAUUGAAUUUAUACGAACCCUUUACCAGCACUGGGGAGUGUAUGUUGGAAAGGGGAAUGUUGUGCACUUAACAGAUCAAGAAGGUUUUUCCAGUUUGUCCUCGGCAUUAGGAGGUACAGCUGUGGUGAGAGAAGACCCUAUAGAGAUUGUUGCCGCUGGCUGCAUCUAUAGAGUAAAUAACAAGUAUGACCAGAAAAGGAGACCUUAUGCACCAGAAAAAAUAGUAAAUUCAGCACGAAGAGAAGUGGGGAAGAAAAUGAAGUACAGCGUCACCAGUGCCAACUGUGAACAUUUUGUGACUGAAUUAAGAUAUGAUAAAGCCUUUUGCGACCAGGUGGAUAAUGCAAAGACGUAUGCAACUGGAGGGCUUUUAUUAGCGGGAGCUAUAGGAGCUAUUGCAGCAUUUUCUAUGCAAAAAAAUCGACAGAAACAGUGAGAUGCCUGGACGUCAGGAAGACCUCACUUCAGCAUCAUAACAUGGCAGAAUCAAUGGUGGGAUCAAUAAAACAAAACAAAAAAAUAUUGAACUUUUGUGAUUUUUUAAUAUCUUAAAGUAGUUACUGUUGACAUCACC